AACUGCCAAACCCCCGUAUGUACUCACGCACCUCUAUCCGGCUCUGUGUGGAAAGAUGUCGGCAACCAGAGAGCCGAGCGGCGGGACGGGGACCUCCACACACACCUUUCAGACCUAGACUCACCUCAAACGGCGGAGACUCACUUGUGGAUAACUCUUUCUCGAAUGGGCGGAUAAAGCCAGUAUUUAAAGGGACUUGGUCGGAAGAAGUCGAGUGGAGUCGGUGUGCCGAAGACAGCAGCGCGUGCGGGCUAAGAAGCAGACGUCAGGACUGCCUCCAGUUCGGGGAUGUUAUCCGUACUGUCGUAUGGGCGACUGGUAGCCAGGGCUGUCCUGGGUGGCCUCUCUCAGACGGACGGUCGGGAUUACAGCCUGGUCAGCGCCAGUUAUGGCUUCGGCAAGGACUUUCGUAAGGGGAUCCUGAAGAAGGGAAUGUGCUACGGGGAUGACGCCUGCUUCAUAGCGAAGCACAAGAACGCUGAUGUCCUCGGUGUAGCAGAUGGUGUCGGUGGUUGGCGUGACUAUGGUGUGGACCCCUCACAGUUUUCUGCGACAUUAAUGAGAACGUGUGAGCGAUUGGUAAAGGAGGGACGCUUUACACCCAGUAACCCAGUUGGCAUCCUGACGUCAGGCUACUAUGAACUUUUACAAAACAAGGUUCCACUUUUAGGGAGCAGUACUGCCUGCAUUGUGGUUUUGGAUCGACGGAGUCACCGAUUGCACACUUGCAAUCUGGGAGACUCUGGCUUCCUUGUGGUCCGAGGCGGUGAAGUGGUUCACCGCUCAGAUGAGCAGCAGCACUAUUUCAACACGCCCUUCCAGCUAUCAAUUGCUCCUCCUGGAGCAGAGGGUGUUGUGCUCAGUGACAGCCCCGAAGCAGCUGACAGCUCCUCCUUUGAUGUCCAACUGGGUGACAUCAUCCUGACCGCAACUGACGGCCUAUUUGACAACAUGCCAGACUACAUGAUUCUUCAGGAGCUAAAAAAACUCAAGGCUACGAACUAUGACAGCGUCCUCCAGACGGCUCAGAGUAUUGCUAAGCAAGCGCAUGACCUGGCGUAUGAUCCUAACUACAUGUCCCCUUUUGCACAGUUUGCAUGUGACAAUGGCUUGAAUGUAAGAGGUGGGAAGCCUGAUGACAUCACGGUGCUGCUGUCCAUUGUGGCUGAAUACACAGACUAAACAUGUUUAUGUGAAAGACUCUUCACUUCAGCCACCCUGGGUGCCGCCAUCUUUAAUGCACUGUGGGCCGAUGGGAGACGCCCUUUGUCAUGACACAUACUCCUCGCUGUGGCUCAUCGUCCUCCCAUAUACAUUUUGAUUUCUUCCUCAUUUGGGUUUAUCUUGGAGAAAUUGAGGGGGAGCAGGCAGCUAGGAAAUUAACACAGUGAUGAUGAUGCAAAAGCUGAAAAGGGACUGCAUGCUUGGAUUCCUCAGUAAUGGUGUUUCACUGUGAGAAAGUGGAAGAAGGUCUAGUUAAUGCCAUUUAGGGACAAACUGAGAAGGUUGAGGAAUGAUGUCAUACCGUCAUUGUUAUUGGGAAAGUUAAAGGAACCCUAGCUUAAUAGUUGAGCCAGUGUGUGAGUGAUGACCAGGUUCUCGUUCGCAUAACGGAUCUGUGGUUAUGAUAUGGACACAUCCUGUAAAUACAUCUAUGUUUUGAGGGCUACACUCUGGCCUUUCGUUUGUAUUUGCUUUAAUUGUUAAAGCAAAGUUCUAUCUAAUGUUGAAGGUGUACACGUGUUCAUGAAUAUAAAUUUUUGUAUAAAAGACUAUGUUGAAGUGACACUUGCUAAUCCUUCGCUUCCAGUUGUUCAAAUGAACAAGUCUACUCAGCAAAGGCAGUUUGGCAGGUUAAAAUGUGUGUGCGGGUGUGUAAUUUGAACGUGUGUGUGUGUGUGGUAUUUCAUGUUUUUUUUUUUUUUUUUUUUUUUUUUUUGCGUCACACAAGCGCACGCUAGUGUCUGACGGUGCUUCUAGCUGCGAUGAUAGGUCAGGUGUGAAUUUAAAGCCAGAUAAAUAUAUAUAUUUUUAAUGUUGCGUAGUUACUAGGACGAGGUUUGUAUUGUCUGCCUGAGGUUUGUGUGAUGGCUGACAACAAUCGAGCCAUCGUGCCACAAGUCAGGGUUGUGCGUGCGUGAGGGAGUGGUUUGUUUGCUUUUUUUGUUGGUUUGUUUUGCAAUUCUAUGCUGCUUCAGUCGUUUUAUGUCUGACUUUUUGUUCUUAAUUUCAAUGUUUUCACCAUGAUUGUACAGAUCACAUGCAAAUAUUGUACUGGAUUCAGUGAAAGUACGACAGAGGUGUGGGACAUACUGUUUUACAUGUCAUGUAAAUGUCUGCCAUCCAGAACAGCAACAGAUACACCAAAAAUUAUUUGCGUGUACGUCCUUGGGCCUUGAUCCUUUCAUGCAUCAUACAGCAAUACCAGACAUACUUUCUCAUCUGCUGUAGUCAAACUUAGAACCAAAGAAGGGAAGCCAUAUAUUCGUGCGUAAGUGGUGUUAGCCGUGCUGCUAAGUGUGACACCAUUAUUGUCUCUGACAUGGUCAAACUGGUUCCACAGGAUUCUAGAAGUGAUCAUCAAGUACUACACAGAGGAAACACGCAUUUGUGUUGCUCACUUCACACUGAUGGCUCUUUUGAUAUUCCCUGUCAGUGCUACUUGCAUGAUAUGUCAACCUGUUCAAAAGAUUGUCAUUUUUCCAUGUAUUCUUGUGUCCACAACGGUUUGUAUAGAGGUUUUGAAGUUGUUUUGUUUUGGAUAGGGAUGUGACUUAAUGCAGAAGGAGGGUGUGCAAGAACAAAAAAUGGUGCUGUGAACUUGCAAAGCGAGGGUGAUCACAGUUUCAGCCUUAACUAAACGCCAGACCUGUAAUCAAGAGGCCUUUCCUGUCAUUGCAAGCUUGUUGUACGCGUUGUCCAGUGUGUGUUGUCAAUGAUGUCUGCCACCCUGUUUCCUCUCCCGUAAAGCAGUUCUCAAUGGUGCUUCUGCCUCCUGUCUGGAAUGGUUGUCUGAGUUGCAGCUGAGAUGUUUGUGAGUGUGUGUGUGUGAAAGACAUCUGUCUUCUGUGUAACAAAGCAGGUCUAAUUUAUGUAAAUAUGUUUUCAAAUGUGUACAAUAUUUAAAUAAAGA